UGGUGUCAGUGUCGUUGAUAGCGGAACUGCGGCGUGGCCACGUUCGAAUGACAGGUAUCAAUCGGGAUCGUGCUGGCCAAUACAUUCUAGACGAUACCACGACGAGACGAACACCCGUACGGCGUCGUCCUCGCUCGCUGGAAGAAUUUUUCCCGCGAUGGUCCGCCCGCGGAUGUGUUGUUCAUCACAUGUUUUCCUUUACAUUACUGUGGUUGUGUCGGUGUUGAUGAUACUCACGCAUGCGCAGCGGAAAAUUGAAGAGCCACUCACGAGUGAGCCGCGAAAGAGCGCCGAAUCCAAAUCAAAACUCGACGAAGAGUUGUUCAAGAAACUAUUUGCUCAACGGCGGAAGGACCACAUAGAAGCUGUGCAGACACUCCUAAAGAUGGACAAUUACGAGCGUCUAUACAAGAUGAUCUCGGUGUUGGCUGAGAAGGUGGUGGAGGUCAUCGAAUCGAGUAAGAGCGUUAUCGAAAAGGCCGGUUUUCUGCCGCAGAACAAUUCCUUUCCGGAAGAUACCAACAUUAAAGAUGCAUUGUCUAGCAUCUUGGAGAACAUCGCGCUCUUUGGAGACAUCAUCCUGCAUCUGCCGGAUAUUACUCACAGGAUACUGAAGGCGCAACCGGAGUGGAACUCCACGAUACACUGGUCUUUGAAUUUCGCCAAUCAGACGCGGCAUUUGAUGAAUAAAUCGACCAUCACGAUGUUCCGCCUGGUCGAGCAGGAGUUGAACAUCACGGAACGUCAUCCGGGCUAUUUUAAUCCGUACAGGAGCGCCGUCCAUGCUGGCCAGCGCGAGGACACCGUGAGGAAGAAAAAACCGGCGAAGGAAAAACGCAAAAAGGGACCGCAAAUUGCUAAAAUCGAGUUGUGAACCGUCCUCGCUGCUCGUGAGAUUCUUUGUAGACCGGUUCCUAAAUCACCUCGUUAAGAAGCGGGCGCUCUCUGCGGUGCUGCCGUUAAAAUCCUAGAAAAGAUGAAUACCAUAUCCGAUCCCAAAUCCUGGGAUUAAUAAUAUAUGAUGAGCUUCCGAACGGCUUAAUUCGAUAAGAAUUAGCUAUAUUUCUGAUACAAUGCCUAUAUGUAAUAGUGUAAUUGAUAAGGCAUCUGGAAGCUGAAUAAGCCCAAUCCACUUAAUUUAUUUUAUUUUGAUAAAGAUGUUAAAAACUAGAAUUAAAAAUAGAAACUUUAUUUAAUAUAAUUUUUAAAAAUUGAGUUUGUAAACAAUAAAAUAAAUUAAGUGGAUCUUGUUCAAAUUAGUUAAUAUAUUAAUUGGCAGGAGCUAUAUAAGAACGCGCAAAUUUAGCGAGCACGUGUAUAUUUCAUAAUAUUUUCGCGGUUAUUGCUACAUAUCGAAUUUCGAUAAACCUUUUUUCAAUACUGAAUAAAACUGUUGCAAUGGACAAUUGCAUUUCUGGCCUGCAUAAAAACAUUGUACAUAAAACUCUAA